UGACAAUUAUGAAUUUCACUAAUUGUGAAUUCCUAAAAAAAAUCCCUAAUGUUUCAAAGAUUCCAAAUUUAACAACAUUGAUUCUUAAUGGUUGUGCACAUUUAGUUGAGGUUCAUCAUUCUGUUGGAUUCCUUAAUAAUCUCGUUGAUUUGAGUCUUGAAAAUUGCUAUAGGCUUAGGAGUUUUCCGAGAAAGCUCAAGUUGAGAAAUCUAGAAUCUCGUCCUUUGCGGUUGCUCAGAGCUCAAAAACUUUCCUGAAAUUGAGUGUCAAAUGAAAUAUUUAAAGUAUGUCGACUAUCAAAAUACGGGUAUAGAGAAACUGCCUUCAUCCAUUGGGCACUUCAUUGGGGUUAAAGAAUUAUAUCUAGCUGGUUGCAAAAACCUUAAGAAUCUCCCGGAUAGCAUUUAUCAGUUACAACAGUUAGAGCGUCUCAAUCUCAAGAAUUGUACUGGUAUAAAAAGGUUGCCUUCAUCCAUUAGGUACCUUGUUAAGGUUAAAACAUUAGAUCUAAGCGGUUGCACAAACCUCAUGAAUCUUCCAAAUAGCAUUUAUCAGUUGCAAGAUUUAGAGGAACUUGAUCUUCAAGGUUGUUCAAAAGUUGUUAAGUUUCCAGAUAACAGGCAAACCAUGCCCUCUAUUACAUCCACAGGGGAAUCUGAAAUUUCAUACGGUACAGAAUUAGUCCACCAUCGUAACGAUGGUUGUUCCUCGACAACAUUUCCAAAACUUCUACGAUUGGAUCUUAGUAAUUGUUCCUUAUUAGAAUCAAAUUUUUUUAGUACAUUUGAUUGUGGCUCCAUGUUGAACCGUUUGGAUCUAUCAGAGAGUGAUAUUGUUAUCCUUCCUCUAUGCAUCAGAAGAUUUUGUGGAUUGAAGUACCUUUAUUUGAAUGAAUGCAAGCAACUUCAAAAAAUUCUAGGACUUCCACCAAAUGUAGUAGAAGUGCGUGCUCGGGGGUGUGUGUCAUUGGCAAUACUCUUAGAAGAACCUAGAAAAUCUGUUGUAACAGAAUCAGAAGAUUGCCCUAUGAGUUUGGAAUAUCUAGAUCUAUCAAGUAGCGCUAUUGUUAGCCUUCCUACAUGGUUCAAUAAAUUUGUUGGAUUGGAGCGCCUUACCUUGGAAGAUUGCAAGCAGCUUCGAGAAAUUUCAGAACUUCCACAAAAUAUAAGAGCUGUUUAUGCGCGUGGAUGCAUGUCAUUGGAAAGAUUUCAAUUGAAUAUAUACCCAAGGCUUGGAUGGGUUGACUUGUCCAAUUGUCAAAAAUUGUGUGAAAGUAUGGGGAAUGAUCUGCAAACUCGUUUAUUGAGUGAGGGACAUCCUGAGGACCAUAAAUUUGUUUACAUGUGUCCAGGAAAUAAGAUUCCAAAUUGGUUCAUCCAUUGUGAAGAGGUUUUAAAUAGUAAUUCAUUUGAAAUAGAUAUUGAUGUGCUUGCAGAUUUGGAUGGGGAGAUCAUAAGAAUUGCUUUCUGUGUUGUUAUUGGAACAAAGGCAAGACAAGAUGAAGAUACUUCUACUAAAAUGACAGAGAGUGAACAACAUGAAGAUGCAGAUAGUUUUUCUAAAAUAACAGAGGGUGGACAAGAUGAAGAUGAAGAUACUUUUUCUGAAAUAACGGAGAGUGGACAAGAUGAAGAUGAAGAUACUUUUUAUGAAACAACAGAGGGUGGACAAGAUGAAGAUGAAGAUACAUUUUAUGAAAAAACAGAGGGUGGACAAGAUGAAGAUGUUUUUUAUCAAACAACAGAGAGUGGACAAGAUGAAGAUGAAGAUACAUUUGCAAUUGUCUUUGAAGUCAUCAAUAAUGGUGUAAAAAUCUAUUCUUUCGUGGAGGAUGACAUCCCUGGUCAAUUUCACUCAGAUCAUGUAUGGUUGCAUUGCAAUGUUCCAGAAUCUUUUAAGCUAAAGGGGGAUAAUCUUCAAGUUAAAUUUAAGCUAAGUUCAAUGUCACUGUCCUUUAAAAGUUGUGGAUUCCAUUGGCAUAAAGGAUUGAAGAGAACGGGCUAGAUUGAAUUGAUGGUGUUCAACUUUCUAAGAGACCAUGAUGAUGAUUAUGGCAACUUGGAAUCCAAUUGGUACCCCCAUAAUGCUGGUUAAUUUUGUUUUGGGUUCAUUGUUGAAUGUGGUGGCUACAGAGGUCUGUUAACAGAUGCUCCAGCAUUUGCUUAAUAAUGCUUCCCCUGCAGACAUAUAAUGCAAAGUUUAUGGGACAUUGGAUAAGAGCAACAAAUUUGGGGGCUUCUUCUUAGGCAUCACCGGAAAAUAAGUCCACCUAUCCAAUAUGAAGUUACCCUGCUGGCUGAAUUGUGUUGUGUGGAGUUCAUGCUAGGUGGUUUCAUUGUGGGAAUACUACAAUAUAGGAGUGUUUUUGGUAAAGAUUAUGAAGAGGAAUUUCAAUAGCAGAAUUGAGAAGCACCCAAGCAAGCGCCAUUAUCUCUUGCUUUUACUGGCUAUUGCUCAGAAGUCAGAUCCCAUUACUGUUUUGGCUAGACAAUGUUGGUGUUUAAAGUCAUGCUUAUGGAGUUGUGAGGAUGAGGAAUUCUUUUGAUUUUCUAAGAUAAUACCAUGAGAAGUUUAUUUUCUAAACUCUUGGUUUGAAGGAGGCCUACAUUCUAUCGAAAAACCUACCCUAUUUGAUAUUCAGGUUCGUAACAACUUGGUAUCAGAGCUAAUAAUGGCUUCAUCGUCUUUCAAUUCCGAACAGAAGCUUGAGCAUUUGGAGGCGAAGUUGUAUUCUGCAGUGGGUGACAUACAGAAGUUAUUUGCAGCCAUGAACUCACCAUUUGAUCAGCUGAUGGAGCUGGGGAGGAAAAGAAACCUGUGAAGCAAGCCAAGCCCAAGCCUGCGGCUGCAAGACCAAAAAAAAAAAAAAAAAGUGCUCACAGAUUUUCAGAUUGGUCAAAGGGUAACGAGCCUAAACAGAGGACAGGAAAUGCUACUCACAAGAAAGAGCUUUAUCUUCAAUAGCCGGACUUCUUAUCCGUUUGUGAGGAGAAAUGUCAGAAAAUUUGGAAUCUCAAUGGCUAAGAAGAAAGACUUGUCUGAUAAUUCCAGAACCAAGCAAGAAACCAUUUUCCCACUGAAAAUCUCCACCCCAAUUCUUGCUCGCUCUGCUGUGGCCCUGCUUGGGCUGGGACUCAUUGAUGCUGGGUACAGUGGAGACUGGUCAAGGAUUGGAGUGAUAUCAAAGGAGACUGAGGACUUGCUAAAGCUUGCAGCUUUUGCAGUUGCUCCUUUGUGUAUCUUUCUCAUUUUUUCUUUCUCCAGGGAACCAGAAGCUUCAUUUUUUUUUUUUUUUUUAUUGAGAUUUGUGUGAUUUUGAAUGGGAAAUGCAAAUGAUUUCGUGGGUGUCAAUUUUUUCUUUAUUUCCUUGUGUUUACUGUUUAGUUCAAGUUAUUAACAGCAAAUGAUAGUUGUUUUUGUCAAGUGAAUCCUUAAGUCUUGCGUUGAGUGAUAAUGUUGUAAUUUGAAGGUUUAAUUAUUUUAUUUAUGUU